CAAAUGUUAUGAUAAUCAUUUUUAUCAUUUUGUCUCACACUUGUGGGACUAAAAAGUCAUUAAUACCUAGUAAAACAUUUGAUUCAAGCUUUUGAAAUACAAAUGAUAUAAAUAAGUGAACAAGAUUACUCUGAUUUCUAAAUAACAAGCAACCCAAAACUAGAUCACAAUGAAUUAUAUUGUAAUAACAAUUGUUUUAUCCUUAUCCAGUUUGUUUUUAACUGAAGCCAAAAUUAUUUCAAUUCCUUUGGUUAAAGGUGAUGGUAAAUUGACUGGACGCGUACAUACCAUUGAAGAGUACCAAGGAUGGGAUUUAAUCGAAGAUUUUGAUGAACUUCAUCAUUUUGUAAGGAUGCGACAUGGAUCACCCGAAUUGUCCAUCAAUGUUACGCUUGUGAAUCUUGCGAGACAAACUGCUGUAGUUUAUGGCUGGUAUGAAGGUAAUCCACCAAUUCAUCAAGAUGAAAAUGAUGUCCACUUUGGCCAAAAUUAUCAUUACCACGCCGAUCCUGAGGAGCGAGUAACCCCAUCAGAUGUAAUGGAGUCUUGGUAUCGAGCUGAAGAGAAGAAAUACAAUUAUGAUGAUCCAAUUGUAACAAAGGAUAAUCUUGAUUUUGUACGGAUUGUUUCCAAAACAACACGGCAAUAUGGAUGUGGCCAAGCUCGUGAUCGUGGACCUGGUGGUGGUGUUUAUACCGUUUGCAUCUAUACUCCUGAAUAUGUACCUGGAAAUGAGCAAGAAAACAUCAGAAAACCAAGUUACACAUUUGAUGAUUUCACUUCUCAUCAGAAUUUACAGCAAAGGAAAAAUCUUUUUGUCUUUUAAGAAAAUCAUCUCCAAUAAGUAAAAUCACAUUUCUUAAUGAAUACAUUUAUUUCCGCAAUUAUAUUGUAAAAUUGACUUUAAAAAUCAACUGAAUAACUCUCAACUGAAAUAUUUGAAAAAAUCCUGCAAAAACAGUGUACUUCAUGAAAUCUGGAAUGAAAUUUAACCUUUCUAAUCUUAUUGUGACAAAUGUGUUAAAUGAAAAAAACCCAAUUAGCGACUCUAUUUAAAUAUAAAUUUCCUUACAAAUUAACUAUUCUAUUUAAUCAAGCUAAUCCUGUUUAUUGACGAUUAUUUUUAUUGUUAACGAAAAAAAUUCGUAAUUUUAUUUUUCAAAGUGUCCAUCAAAUAAAGCUUUACAUUUAAAUGCGGA